CUGUCUUAGGGGGACUUUAAAUUGUCCUCUGCCAGUCACUGUAGGUUCAUGUCAAUCAUCUACAGCUGAUUUCAUUUCUGUUAAUUAUCCUCACUCUAUAUAAGUGUGUUGUUUUCAGUUGGUGAUCUGCUUUGUCACCUUAUGUUUCCAUGAGGUUUUUAGUGCAGGUUCUAGUGUUUCCUUAGUGUGUCAUCUGGACACCAUUAUUUAUAUUGUUUUAAUUUCCCAAAGUAAUGUUCCAACUUGAUAAAACCCUUCAAACCUCAUGCCCUUUUCUUGACCCCCAAACCCUUUCAGGAUGGCAGAUUCAUAGUGAAAUCUUAGUUUUUGCUCCCUCGACACCCCCGAAAGCCCAGUGCUUCUCAGAGAAUCCCUGCAGCGAUAAAAGGGAUAGCCGCAGCUGCUGAGCGCGCCCACAUAUUGUUCUCCAUCCGACCAGUGAGACAAUGACACUUAUGAAGACCUAUGUCAUUUAAUAUACAUCAGCAGCAUGAAAUGGGAACAGAAAGCACAAGCCAGAGCCCGAGGCAGCUCAAGGCUGGGCUAACCGAGGCCAACAGGAGAAAUCAGCCUUGUCUUUCAAGGCCACUUUGUCAGCUGCCAGGCAAAUACUGACUUCCAGCAAAUCUUCAGUGGAGGCCUUUGGGACUUUUCAAACAGACUUUUUGGAGGACCCACUGAUAAGAAUGGAUGCCGUUUUAACCGCAUGGAUCCAUUCACAGCUGGGAGUCAGCUGCGCUACGGCAGUGGAAUGGAGACUUGCAGCGCGCCAUCUUUCCGUCUUUUUGGAAAGAUAGAGGGGAAAACACAGUUUGAUUAAACAGUGAUCUUUUUUCCUGCUCGGAGUUCUCCGGAUGGUUGAAGACACUCCUCCUGCCGGCGCGCCGCUCGCCCUGCUCCUGCUCCGCUCCUGUCAGCAGUCGAUGCGCAGGGAGGACAUUCGCAGCCCCAUCUUUAUCAGCCAGGCGAUCUCCGCGAAGACAAAGACGCCUCUGCAAAUCAAGACGCGCUGCAACAGCAGGAGAAGCCGCCCUUAAAGACUCUGCUACUACAGUUGUGCCCGCCUGGAGGAAAAAAAAAAAAAAAAACAGCCACCGGUCCUUGGAGACUCUUUGGAAGGGAUGCGCAAAGAUGGGAGAGUACGGAGCGAAAGGGGGGAUUUUGAUUGGCCGCACUUAUCCUGAAGGAAGCAGGCGCGGCGAGGCAUGUUUGUUCCAGCCAGAGAAUUAACGAGUUGACAUCAAACUUGACGGAGACGUGCUGUCAGUGCGCGCAGUCGAUGCGUUCGCAGCAUCAGCCAGUAAACUUGCAUCUCCCCAAAGAGGCGGGCGAGCUUUCAGUGGCGCUGAAAACGUUCAGACGGGGCUGAUCAACUAGUGCAGAGGAGGGGAAGAGGACGCUCUCACUUCGCCGCCUCUUUCUCAGCUUCAUGGUAGAUUUGGGAGCCUGUGUCAGAGUGGGCUCCACUGCAGUGUGACUGGGCUGCAUCAUGGUGUGGAUGAAGAUGAAGAUGGUGGUGGACUCCCUGUGUGGACGGAGACGCAGGCUGCCCUGUUUCCUUCUGUUCAUCCUACUGUUCGGUGCUGGAGGUCUGGUUCUCUUCAUUCACCAACAGGACACGUCAGAGUUGGCGCAGGCACAAGCCCACGCUAUGAGACUUGCCUCCACUCUGCGGCAGUCCAGAGAGACUCUAUCAACGCAAGACAAAGAGAGGCACAAAUCCUUCGGUUACCAGAGGGCCCAGACACCAGAAGGUGUCCUGACCAGCCUGAUUCCCCCCAUGCAGUUCCCUCACACUGAGAGGAAGAAGCAGAAGGCCUCCGCCGUGUCUCAGGAGCAUGACAUGGACUCCCUUCACGUCACUAAGCGACAGCUCAAGCUGCUGAAAACAAGUCCGCUCGUCCUGCAAAAUAAAAACAGCGGCUUCUCAAACUCCUCCGUCUUUGCGGCCUCUUCGUCCCUUUCAACUCUAGAUUCGUCCUCCAGUUCGUCGGGGUCGCCACUCCAAGGAAGCUGGAAGUUCUUCAGCAUUCUCGAAGCCCGGAAGCAGCUGAUGAAAGAGAUCUGUGCCAAGUACAAAGGCAGCAUCUCCAAGAUCAUCACCAGGAGUCACGUCAAGCACCUCUAUGUGGAGGACAAACACAAGCUCUUGUACUGCCAAGUUCCCAAAACCGGCUGCUCCAACUGGAAGAGGACUCUCAUGGUGCUGGCGGGCAAGGCCUCCAACGUCCAGAGCAUUCAGCACGACACCGUGCACUACGGCGGACAUCUCAAAAAGCUGGAAAGCUUUAGCCAAAAGGAGAUCAUGCAUCGUCUGGAAACCUACAAAAAGUUUGUGUUUGUCCGUGAGCCUUUUGAGAGGAUUGUGUCGGCUUACAGGGAUAAGUUGGAGAACCCCAACGACUACUACCACAACUUGUUUGGGAAGCCCAUUAUAUCCAGAUAUAGACUCAACCCAUCGGAGGAAGCCCUCAGGACAGGCAGUGGAGUCACGUUCAAAGAGUUCAUCCAGUACCUGCUGGAUGUGCACCGGCCGGUGGGGAUGGACAUCCACUGGGAUCAGGUCAACCAGCUCUGCCACCCCUGUCUCAUCCACUACGAUUUUAUCGGCAAGUUUGAGAACAUGGGGGAGGAGUCCAACUUUCUUUUGCGGCUCAUCGGCGCACCGCUAAGCCUCACUCUCCCCACUUUUAAAGAUAGAAACCCUGGAGACGAGCGGACCUCCCUGGAGAUCACAAAGAAGUAUUUUUCACAGCUUAGCAUGUUAGAGAGGCAGAGACUAUAUGACUUUUACUACAUGGACUAUCUGAUGUUUAACUACUCUAAACCUUUCAAAGAUUUAUAUUGAUGUACUCUUGUAAGUCCUCAAUCAGUCACAUUCCACUGCAUCUCUAACGCUGACAGGAAUCCAAUCAUGAAGAUGUUCAUUUAGCAUUCUCACAAGUCUUUGAAGGGAUGCUGGUGGUUCAGAGAGACCAAGAUUUAUUUGAUUUUUAUCAAAACAAGAUUCUCGUUUAACAGAUAAGUUCUUUUCGGGAGGAAAACUGGUCCAGAAUAAUGAAUGUGCUUUUGAAUUGGGCACUAGAAACCAUCUGGGAGGAGUAAAAGAUAUAGAUUUUACAAUCAACUGAUUAGAAAAUAGAGAUAUUAUUUAUAUAUUAGGGGUGUAAUGAUUCAUUUUAAUGAUUCAUAUCAUAAAAUGUGGUUAUUGAUCAAUUCAUUGACCUAAUAUCGAUCCAGGACAUAUUCAGCCAAAAAUUUAACCAGUUUGACUUUGAGAUAAAUACCUGCCAAACCGCAGCACCUCCUUCUUGCUCCUUUGGUUUUGACCCGCCUCCGUAACUGCUGGCUAAUGACUGUAGAGAUCUUUAGUCACAUGGUUUUGUUUACCAGCUUUGGUCCGGAACAGAAAUCUCCAGUAGAGCCCAGUCUGAAUACAGACUAAACGCAAGUUUAAGGACUCGAUCCGAGACAAAUUAAGCAAACUCGGUCCAGAACCAAUUAUUUUACCAUCAUACAGAUUGAUUUGGUUGAAUUAUAGCAAUCAAUGAAUUCAGUUAAUCAUUAC